GGCAUUACCAGAGGGCUGAAACUUCGCCGAAGGAAGAAAACGCAUAUAAACGAUAUCUUACUCGAUAAGGCCAGCAGUGAUAAAAAUCCUUGUACCUCAUUUGGUGCUGCUGACGCUCCUCUUGUCCUACAUCGCGUUCGGAUCGUUCGUGUUGCAACGAAUCGAAAACGGCGCGAACAUUCUGUUCAAAUUGAAUCGGCGGUAUGCGGUCGAACGAGCGUUCCAGCAGAUCGUGAACGACAGCUGGGAGAUGCGCCUCAAAAAGCUGACCUUCCUCGAAUGGCAGGAGGAGCUGUACGAACGAUUGCACAACGUCUCCAUGAUCUACGAGGGCGAGAAAGUCGGCGGCAGCGACUACCACGCAGACAUCAAGCCCGACUGGACAUUUCCAACCGCCGUCCUCUACACGUUGACGGUCCUUACUGCUUGUGGUUACAACUAUAUUGAUCCCGUGACUAAUAGUGGCAAGAUAUUCACGAUUGCCUUCGCUCUGGUCGGCAUUCCAUUGAUGUUCAUCACCGCAGCGGAUAUUGGCAAAUUUCUGUCGGAAACGUUCCAGCACGUGUGUGAAUGGGGCAAUCGGCUGUACCGCGCGUUUCUCGGAUUUUGUUACAAGGAGCGGGACGUGCAGAAUAGCAGAAAAUUAUCAGGUGAUCAGAAAAGUGCCCUAGAAGAGCUCAUUGACACUGCCAAUGCGGACGUGGCCACCGCCGAUAGUCUGUGGUUUCCCAUAGGUGCUUAUGUUUUUUUGAUGUGUUUAUACUGCAGCAUCGGCGCGCUGCUAUUCUGUAGCUACGAGGACAACUGGGAAUUCAUCCAUGCUUUCCAUUUCGCUUUCAAUACUGUGGUCACAGUAGGCAUGGGGAACAUAGUGGUCACCGACUACUUCUAUCUGUGCUUCAUCGUCGCCUACGUCGUGAUCGGUCUGUCAGUUGUGACGAUGUGCAUCGACCUGGCGUCGACCCACCUGCAGACCUACUUCCAGAAGAUUCACUACUUCGGCCGGGCGCGAAGACGAUUUUUAGGCAUGUCCGACGACAUCAAGGAGAUGAUGUCGCUGAUCAGCGCUCUGCGCAAGAAGAAAGGCGGAAAGGUGACGUGGGACGAUUUGAAACAGUACCUCGAAGUGGAGCGGAUGCGGCCCUUCAUACCUCGCAACGUUCACCUUUGGAGAUACGUCGAUGAGACGAGCAGCGGCAUGUCGACGUACCGUCAAAACUCGCUGAUGUCCUUUGAUCGUCAAACAGCUUUCGCUAGACGUCGCCAGACCAUUUUUUAG